AUGUUAGAAUUUCGUACUCCUUUUGCUUUACCGAGAGGAAAUGUUGGAACAUCAACUGCGCAUCUACUGCAAAUGAUAAAUGAAUGUAAACUUCCUUCAAGUGCCAUAAAAAGUUUGGCCUUCAUGCACAAAAGGCAGAGAAAGUACGGUUCUGUUAAUUACAAAUAUGAACCAAACGAUAACCACAAUGAAAGGAAGAAUAAUCGGUGCGAAAAUGAACGAGAAAAAUCUAGAUAUGCUGAAUUUACGGAUAGUAAGAGUGAUAGUGGAGAUUCAGAAGAUUGGGAAAGACACGAAGCGUUGAAUGACGAUAUUGCGGAACAAGAACAUACAAUACAAAACAAAUAUGAAGAAGAGUUGGAGGUGACUUGGGAGAAGGGUGGUCCUGGCCUUGUUUGGCAUUUGGAUACCUUUACAUGGAAGCAGAUUGAAGAAGGAACUGAUUCUGACUGGAAAUGGACAGAUUCUUGGGAUGUUGACUAUUCACUCUAUGACGAUGAAAAUGUCUCGAGGAACGAAUUUGGUUGGAAGCCUGGCGAUGGCCUUGGAGUUGACAGUAAAAGACAGCCUAACAGUUCAUGGGUGGAUAUAAUGGACUCGUGUAUAAAGUACAUGGCGCAUUAUGGAUCAGGUCUUGGAUAUCAUGGUGAAAAACUUCAAAGACUCGGUCUCAGGCGCCAAACCUCACAUUCAAUCAGAACUAUGUAUGCAAUUACAUCUGCAAGCAUCAAUUUUUUUUUACAAUUAGAAAUCAGUUUUCUACUCACUCCUAUUAAAGCGCAAAGGUGUAGAAUUCCGCCGAAACUUUCUUAUAUUCUGGCGCAUCACAAAACUUUAUCCCCCAAUUCUAUUGUAUACAACUAG